CUGCACCGGAUACAAACCUCAACGGAGCUACAACUGCAGACGCCAAGUCGUGCUGUGCAACAGGGAUAUAAAGACGGCCAGAUACGUCUCGGUUGAGGUUCAAUCCAUCACACAUUCAUCUCAUCUCUCGGCUUCUAGCAUCACAGUCACUCCUUUACAGCUCCACUGUGUGGAUCACCGUCACUCUUUCAUUCCACUCUGUCAAUCAGCUUUUCUAGACUUUACUCAAAUUCAACAUGAAGCUCUCGAUCGGAAGCGUUCUCGCCGUCGCCCUGACCGUGGCCAGCUCCGUGACUGCCGCUCCCGCCGCAGUGGAGGAGCGAGCCCUGCAGGAGCGUGCGUCGAACAUCAUCAUCGGCUACCGCACUGUGAGCAAAGACCAAGCCGCUAAGUACAACAAAGCCGGCACCCUCACCUAUGAGAGCAACCGCGCCAACAUCCAGCUGGGCGAGGGCACUUAUCUGACCGCCAACCGCGGAGGAUGGGCUGGUUCCGCCACCGACUGGUACUGCGUCAUCUACGCCGACAAGACCAAGUUCGCCGCGGCGACCAAGGCCUGGAUCCCCAAGACAUACGGCAAUGAGGGCGAGAUCUGGUACAAGAAGGACAAGAUCGACGCCUACAUCAAGGCGGAGAAGAGCACCUGGGACCCCGCCGAAACUGUCCGCGUCUCCAAGAUCGACGGCGACGCCCACACCUACCAGCUUGUCGUGCCACCCAAGCUCUCGGGCAGCAAGAGUCUGCUCGGAAAAUGGAGCAAGGGCCCGCUGGAUAUCUCCGUCACUUGUACCGAGAAGAAGGAGAGUCUGCCGGAUUCGACGGUGAACUAUGCUACCUUCAACAACAUUGUAGGAACGGCGCAGUAG